AUGUCAGAUACAGGUACUUACUCCAAGGUUAAUAAUCAACGCAUUCAACGUUGGUUACUGGAUGCAGAUACCGUUGCAGGUACAACAGUUGCUGGAGCAAGCGUUGCUGGAGUCAAUGGCUCGUAUAAUACGAUAACCAGUAGCUAUGGACUAUUCGUUGACUCAAGUGGUACUCUCUAUGUAUCAGACAGUGGCCAAGCUCGGGUAACCAAAUGGUUACGUUAUGCAGUGGAGGGUACUCUUGCUGCUGGUAAUGGAACAUCGGGAUUGAGUCUCGCACAACUCAAUGAUCCGCGAGGUAUCUGGGUUGAUGGAGAAGGCAACUUGUUCGUGGUUGAUUGUGGCAAUCAUCGUGUAGUGAAAUGGUCAAUGAAUGCGACAAGUGGUGAGCUUGUAGCUGGUGGGCAAGGUCAAGGCCCAUUUGCUGUACAACUGAAUUAUCCAACUGCCAUCACCGUCGACGGCUAUGGAAACUUGUAUAUCCUUGACGCUGGUAAUCAACGCAUUCAGCAGUUUGUACCUGGUAGUUU